AUGAAGAGGUUCGCGCCCUGGCUCUGGAUCCCAUUCAUCAUGCUCUGCUGGGGCAUAGUCUGUACCCUAAUGGGAAUUGUACAGAGCUAUGAAGGACUCCUGGCUGCGCGAGCUGUGCUUGGUCUUGCUGAGGGUGGUCUUUUUCCAGGCAUUGCUUACUUCAUCACCAUGUGGUACCGUCGUCACGAGUGCGGUCUCCGACUAGCAAUCUUUUUCUCAGCUGCCACGCUCGCUGGUGCCUUCGGGGGGCUCUUGGCUCGUGGAAUUCUAGAAAUGGGUGGUGUUGCUGGUCUUGCCGGUUGGCGUUGGCUAUUCAUCCUCGAGGGCAUUGUGACAGUUCUCGUCGCGUGCGUCGCUGUUAAGGUUAUGCAGGACUACCCCGAAAAAGCCAAGUUCCUUACCGAAAGUGAGCGGAAGGUGGUACUAGAACGUCUUCAACAAGAUCGAUCCUCACUUGCGAACGAGUUCGACAUGAGAUACGUUCGUCACGCAUUGUCUGAUUGGAAGAUUUGGGUCCAUGUCGUCACAACCAUCUGCGUCUAUACUGGAGUCUACUCGUAUUCGCUAUUCUUGCCGACCAUCAUUCGCGAUCUUGGUUACACAAGUCGCACAGCUCAACUGAUGACUGUCCCGCCAUUCGUGGUAGCCUGUAUCAUCUGCGUCUCAGCAGGGUGGUAUGCAGACAGGCUCGGUCAACGCGGAAUCUUUAUGAUAGUCUUUAUGUUUGUUGCAAUUAUUGGUCUCAUAAUGCUUACCGUUGUGAGAAACGUGGCUGUGAGAUACGUCGGCUGCUUCUUUGCUGCAGCUGGCAUCUAUCCCAGCGUCCCCCAGGGCGUAGCUUGGAAUGGCAACAACAUCGGUGGUGGGCUCAAGAGGGGGAUUGGUAUUGCUAUGCAUGUUGGAUUCGGUAACAUCAGCGGCAUCAUCUCGUCGUAUCUGUUUCUGCCAAAGUAUAGCCCGAGGCACUUACCGGGGCUCAGCAGUCUUCUUGGUCUCUAUGUUGUCGCUCUUGUCCUUUGCGUCUGUAUGACAGCCUAUCUCCGGCGAGAGAAUGCGCGACGCGACCGCAUCUAUGCAUCUCCCGAGGAGUAUACAGAAGAGCAACGAGAACUCGAGCGCGAGAAGGGGGACAACGCUACUUUCUUCCGCUUCACCAUCUGA